UUUUAAAAAGUGAUGAAAAUGGGAUAUACAAGGAGUUGACCAAGCGUAGAGUGGGUGACCUACCUGCCAAAGGGAAUCACACGCUCUGUAGCGUUGAAUUCUUUAAAGAGUUUAAUCACUUCAUGCACAUUUGAUGCUAAUUUCAUCGUUUUAAUUCUUUUAUAAGUAUGCAUACAUUUUCUUUCUUCAGUUUCAAUUUAAUAGUCUCGAUUACAAGAAGCCAAAGAAACUAAAGUUUGGUAGUUUUAAUUCUUUUGGGCAAUCUUUGAUUUAUCUCUUUUUCAUAUCUUCACCAAAUUUUCUUUUGUUUCUUGUGGCUGAAUUAACUAAAGAAAAAUCUAUUUGUUUUAGAGAUAAAAACUAGAAAAGAAAAGAAAAGAAUGGGUCGGAUUCCAUGUUGUGAAAAGGAGAAUGUGAAAAGAGGACAAUGGACUCCUGAAGAAGACAACAAAUUGGCUUCUUACAUUGCUCAACACGGUACUCGUAAUUGGCGUCUCAUCCCUAAAAACGCUGGAUUGCAGAGAUGUGGGAAGAGUUGUAGACUAAGAUGGACGAACUAUUUGCGUCCUGACUUGAAACAUGGACAGUUUUCUGACGCUGAAGAACAUAUCAUUGUCAAGUUUCACUCUGUUCUUGGUAACCGGUGGUCUUUGAUUGCGGCGCAGCUUCUUGGUAGAACAGACAACGAUGUGAAAAACUAUUGGAACACGAAGCUGAAGAAGAAGUUGUCGGGAAUGGGAAUAGAUCCAGUGACUCACAAGCCUUUCUCACACCUAAUGGCAGAGAUCACCACUACACUCAACCCUCCUCAGGUCUCUCACCUCGCUGAAGCUGCACUCGGUUGUUUCAAGGACGAGAUGCUUCACUUGCUCACCAAGAAACGUGUUGACCUAAACCAAAUCAACUUCUCAAGCCCUAACCUUAACCAUAAUAACCCUAACAACUUUAACCAAACUGUUGAUAACGCAGCUGGAAAGAUGAAACUGGACAAUGAUAGUAAUGGGAUAAUGAAGCUAUGGGACAUGGGUAAUGGAUUUUCGUAUGGAUCGUCUUCCUCGUCCUUUGGGAAUGAUGAAAGGAACGAGGGAUCCGCUUCACCUGCGGUUGCGGCGUGGAGGGGUCACGGUGGAAUACGUACAUCAGUGGCUGAAACGGCGGCAGCGGAGGAGGAAGAGAGGAGGAAGCUGAAGGGAGAAGUGAUGGAACAAGAGGAGAUUGGAUCUGAAGGAGGAAGAGGAGAUGGAAUGAUGAUGAUGAUGAGGAGGCAACAUGAUCAACAUCAGCAACAUGCGUUUAAUGUGGAUAACGACUUGUGGGAUUUACAGGCUGAUGAUCUCAUUAAUCAUAUGGUUUGAUCUUUUUAAUAGAUUUACUGUUUACAUUUUCAUUUUGGAUCCCGUUGGUAGUUAACUUAUGGUUAUGACUUAUGAGUCGGUAGGAAACUUUUUUCCUGGUUGUUUACAGAUACUAAUAAGGUUUACUCUUUUUAUGACAAUAAAUAAAUGUAAAUAAAUACGUUUUAAACGAAAGCUUAUAAUAA